GCCCCGGCUCGCACCCCGCCCCGUCACCCCCUUGAUAAAAGCGGAUCCCGUACCGAACCCUCUGCCCAUCGAAUUCGGCGCGCCCGGCCAUGGCUUCCCGGCUGUUCUGUAGGUCCCUCCGAACCUGGAGCCGGCUGACCUCCCAGCCUUUGCUCCCCACCGCCCCGAGUACUAGGUCCUCACACUCAGGAGGAGAAAGUCGGCUGGAAAGUGCUUCUGCCAAAACCCUGACAGAAGUCGGCAUUAGAAGAAUCUUCUCUUCCGACCAUGACCUCUUUAGGGAAAGCGUCCGGAAGUUCUUUCAAGAGGAGGUGGUUCCACAUCACACAGAGUGGGAGAAAGCAGGAGAGGUAAGUAGGGAAGUUUGGGAAGCAGCUGGAAAACAAGGCCUACUAGGUGUCAAUAUUGCCGAGAAAUAUGGCGGUAUUGGUGGAGACCUUCUUUCUGCAGCUAUUGUCUGGGAGGAACAAGCAUACUCAAAUUGUACAGGCCCCGGAUUUAGUCUUCAUUCAGACAUCGUUAUGCCCUAUAUUGCAAACUAUGGAUCAGAAGAACAGAUUAAACGAUUUAUCCCUGACAUGACUGCUGGCAAGUGUAUUGGAGCCAUAGCUAUGACCGAGCCUGGGGCAGGAAGUGACUUACAGGGAGUAAGAACAAAUGCAAAGAAAGAUGGAAAUGACUGGAUUCUCAAUGGUAGCAAGGUCUUCAUUACUAAUGGGUGGAUGAGUGAUGUAGUGAUCGUCGUUGCUGUUACAAACCGGGAAGCUCGUUCACCCGCCCAUGGUAUUAGCCUUUUCCUAGUGGAAAAUGGAACAAAAGGAUUUAUCAAGGGAGGAAGCUUCAUUAACAAUGGUGAUUUGAAAGCUCAGCGUAAGCCAUAGUGACAAACAAUAGAUACAGCAGAGUUGUUUUUUGAAGAUGUACGUUUGCCAGCAAGUGCCCUACUCGGAGAAGAGAACAAAGGCUUCUAUUACCUCAUGGCUGAGCUUCCACAGGAAAGGUUACUGAUUUCUGAUCUGGCCAUUUCUGCAUGUGAAUUUAUGUUCGAAGAAACUAGGAAUUAUGUCAAGCAGAGAAAAGCUUUUGGGAAAACAGUCGCACAUAUACAGACGGUGCAGCACAAACUAGCUGAAUUGAAAACACACAUUUGUGUGACCAGGGCUUUUGUGGACAGCUGUCUCCAGCUGCAUGAGGCAAAACGUCUGGACUCUGCUACUGCUUCCAUGGCAAAAUAUUGGGCAUCUGAUCUACAAAACAGUGUGGCUUAUGAUUGUGUCCAGCUCCAUGGAGGAUGGGGAUACAUGUGGGAAUACCCCAUUGCAAAAGCAUAUGUGGAUGCCCGAGUCCAGCCAAUCUAUGGUGGAACCAAUGAAAUAAUGAGGGAGCUGAUUGCUAGAGAGAUUGUACGUGAAAAGUAAACAUCUGCCCCCAUCCUGGAAUCCAAUUACUACUGAUCUGGAUUUAAAUCUCUUCAUGAUAGAAUUCAACCUGGAAAGGGAAGACAUGUUUGAAUUUUUUUUAAUACAGGAUGAAACAAAGUAUGGAGAUGAAAAAUUGCUUUGUUAAGGGAGAGUUCUUUAUAUACAAAUUUCUGAAAUUUUCGUAUGGGAGGCUCCAGUUUUAAUACAAUUUUACAAAGGCUCAGAAGGAAAAAGGAUAAUACAUUUUGAGGUCUGAAUGGCUCAAAUUUGAACUUAAUCUAAAAUUUUAAAAUGACUCUAAUUUGAGUUUGAGUUAAUACAGUCCAACUUAACUUGGAACAAUUCCAACUGACUUUUGCUAAAAUUAUCCACAUAAUUUCUUCAGUUCCUCUGCCUGAUGAGGCCUUACUUAGUAUUGACCUUUCCAUUUUAAUUUGUAGGAGAACUAUCAUUUGCUCCCUUACCAUUCUUUAAAAACUUUGGUACAUUUUAUGAAUCUCAAAGGAUUGGCUCUUAUUCCAGAAUAAAAUAAUUAAUGUCAAUAAAUGCAACAAUUUAAUUUGCAAAUAAACCACAUUAUUUAAGAA